AUGUUCGCGGCCCGACGUCCGGAAUUGAAUAACGGUAAAAUGGCAGCGCACCAACACAACAAGCCCCGGUUUCAAGCCUGGUUCUACAAAUUUUACGAACUGUUGUUGGCAUGUUUCAACUUUCUCCUUUUCAACCUGAGACGAACGCAUCGCGUGUACGCGAAACACCAAGUCGUUCGCUACCGGGAAGUGCCGUUGUCUCCAUUUAUGGACCAGCGAUUGUCACUUGUUCGGCGAAAAAUUCUGGUGCUCGACUUGGACGAGACGUUGAUACACUCACAUCACGACGGCGUCAUCCGGCCAAUGGUGAAGCCUGGGACUCCGCCUGAUUUUACGAUUCGUGUGACGAUUGACCGCCAUCCCGUUCGUUUCUCGGUCCACACGAGGCCGCACGUUGACUAUUUCCUGCAGGUUGUGAGCAAUUGGUUUGAUCUGGUCGUCUUCACAGCCUCCAUGGAAGUCUACGGAAGCCACGUGGCCGACCGGCUCGACAAUGGGCGCGGACUUUUCAAGCGGAGAUACUUCCGUCAACAUUGCACGAUGGACUACGGCGGCUACACGAAAGAUCUGUCGGCCAUUCAUUCGGAUCUUUCGUCAAUCUUCAUACUCGACAACUCGCCGGGAGCCUACCGAAACUUUCCUCAAAACGCGAUCCCGAUCCCGUCGUGGUUCAGCGAUCCGUCUGACACGGCAUUGUUAGCACUGUUGCCAUUUUUGGAUUGUCUCAGGUUUACAACUGACGUGCGCUCAAUUCUGAGCCGGAAUAACCAGCAUCUUCCCGCCCAAGUCUGG